AUGACCAAGUGUGCUAAUUGGCUUACGGGUAACAUCCUAGCUAUUCAGGAGCAUUUGGACGAAAAGAAUCCACCCAAUUUCCCACCUACACAGUGGUGGGUAUUUCUUUUUGCAGUCCAGGCGUUCGCGGCCGAAUCCAGCAAAACCUUUAUCGCCCAGCAAGGGCGGGCGACGCUACUGUCCGAGCAACGUGUGAUGCUUAGAAGGCUGAUUGAAACGCACAAACGGAUGACACACAUGGAAGGCCCUAUCCAUAGCAGUGCCAUUGCAAAAAUGACUGGAAAGCAAUUCGAAUCUAAUGGCGAAUAUGUUCUCGAACAUGUUCAUGCACUUGCAUUUCUCCAAAGUCUGGAUAUUUGGGUUUUAGAAGCCCUCGAAUCGCUAGACCCGGACACCAAAUUACAAACAGUUGUUGCCGUUGCUAAACUGUUUGUCAAUGGGGCCAGUGAAAUUUCUGUCAUUACGGCUGAAAGGGAAGCUGCAAAUGCUGCGUACGACGACACGCCCCUUGUACUACGCAUCAACUACUAG